AUGCCCGGCAGCAGUGGGAAACAGAAGACAUCACAGUCCAACGGCACCCAGUCAACGAAACUACCAAACCCGCUCAGCUCGCUGACUAGCGCUCCGCUCGACUUGGCCUCGGUUGAGAGACGCGGCCAGCCCACUGCAUGCCCUGAGCCGGUCAAGAAGAAAAGUCGCCCGCACGGUCUUCAAGAAGCGCCGACGUACCGUCCUACCGAGGAAGAAUGGAAAGAGCCAUUUGAGUACAUCAAGAAGAUUUCACCAGAGGCUCGGCAAUAUGGCCUGUGCAAAAUCAUUCCGCCCGAGUCGUGGAAUCCCGAUUUCGCCAUUGACACCGAGAAAUUUCACUUUCGCACCCGCAAGCAGGAGUUGAACUCUGUUGAAGGCAGCACUCGCGCAAAUCUGUCCUAUCUCGACGCUCUCGCAAAGUUCCACAAGCAGCAGGGCACGAAUCUGACUCGAUGGCCCUACGUCGACAAGAAACCCCUCGAUCUGUACCGCCUGAAGAAGGCCGUCGAGGCCCGUGGCGGCUUCGAGAAGGUCUGCAAGCUCAAGAAAUGGGCCGAGAUUGGACGUGAUCUCGGGUAUAGCGGCAAGAUUAUGUCCUCUUUGUCCACGUCCUUGAAGAACUCGUAUCAGAAAUGGCUCUGCCCUUACGAGGACUACUUGCGGAUCGCCAAGCCGGGUGUUCACCAGCAGCUCGAGCUUGAAUACGGCGGCCCAUUGACGCCGAGUCCUGCUCCAAGUCCGCUGAAGCGGUCAACCGUUCCCACCCCGGCAAGUCCCGCGUCCGAGUCCCCAGCGAGACAUGCGACGGAUGCAUUGCAGGCAUCCCUUGAUGGGCCGGCCAAGGAUCUGGAUCAAGACAUCUCAAUGACGGACUGCCCCGCAUCCACCACCCCCAGGCCAGUGACGGGUUUCACCGCAGUGAACUCAGGGGCUAUCACACCGGCCACGUCGGGUUCUACCAGCGCCAACCGCCCGGACGGAAAGAGCCUUGCCACGUCCAAAACCAACGGCACACCCACCGCGUCUGCAAAAAACACACCCGAGCUCCGCUCGUCUACGCUAGGGCCUUCCGGACUCAAGCGUCAGCUGAGCUGCGAUAGUCAGGAAUCUGCCAAGAAGGAUUCCGUGGACCAGGACGAAGGGGAACCCGGGAGCCGCAGGAGCAAACGGCUCAAGAAAGAUACCGUGCCCACCGUCGCCGGUUCGCACAUGUCUCUCUUCCGUUCAGCGGCACCUAGGAUAACCCGAGAUGACGCAGCAGGCCCUGGAGAGAAGUGCGAACAAUGCGGCAGAGGUAAUGAGGAGGGGAGCUUUCUUCUAAUGUGCGAGUCCUGUGAUCAUGGUUAUCACAGUAGUUGCCUCGAUCCGCCCCUCAAGACCAGACCAGAAACUGAAUGGAACUGUCCACGAUGCUUGGUGGGCGACGGCCAGUUCGGGUUCGAGGAGGGCGGGCUGUACUCGCUGAAACAGUUCCAGGAAAAGGCCGCAGAGUUCAAGCAGCAAUACUUCUCCAACAAGAUGCCCUUCGACCCGGUCCUCAAUUGUCAUCGACCAGUCACAGAAGACGAUGUGGAGCACGAGUUCUGGCGGCUGGUGGCCGACAUCGAGGAGACCGUGACAGUGGAGUAUGGCGCGGACAUCCACUGCACGACCCAUGGGUCCGGUUUUCCGACCAUCGAGAAACAUCCCGACAACCCCUACUCUACCGAUCCUUGGAACCUCAACCUUCUACCACUCCACCCCGACAGCUUGUUCCGGCAUAUUAAGUCUGACAUCUCUGGCAUGACGGUGCCUUGGGUCUACGUUGGCAUGACGUUCUCCACCUUCUGCUGGCAUAACGAGGACCACUACUCGUACUCAGCGAACUACCAGCAUUUUGGCGCAACGAAGACCUGGUAUGGAAUCCCUGGUGACGACGCCGAGAAGUUCGAGAACGCGAUGCGGGAGGCUGUUCCAGAGCUGUUUGAGACGCAGCCAGACCUGCUCUUUCAACUUGUCACGCUUCUUACGCCUGAGCAGCUGCAGAAGGCUGGCGUACGCGUUUAUGCCCUAGAUCAACGGGCAGGGCAGUUCGUCAUUACUUUUCCCCAGGCUUACCAUGCCGGAUUCAACCACGGGUUCAAUUUCAACGAGGCAGUUAACUUUGCCCCCUGUGACUGGGAGCCGUAUGGUCUUGCGGGCGUUGAGAGACUCCAGCUAUUUCGGCGGCAGCCCUGUUUUUCGCACGAUGAGCUGUUGUGGACCGCGGCAGAAGGCCUUACUAGCGGCGGGUUGACCAUCCAGACCGCCAAAUGGCUGGCUCCCGCCUUGGACAAAAUCCACAAGCGGGAGCUCUCUCAGCGAGAAGAAUUUAUCGCCAAGCACGAAUUCAUCGCCAAGCAUCUCGAUGCGAAACAUCCCGCGCAGAGCCACCGUUGUGUUUUUGGCGGGAAGGGCGAUGAUGAGUGCCCCAUGACGUUCAAGGUCGACGAUGAUGACGUCCCAGAGGAGGAGUAUGGCUGCUUUUACUGCAAAGCCUUCACUUACCUCUCCAGGUUCAUAUGCCUCAAAACGGGCAAGGUGCUCUGCCUCUUACAUGCCGGAAACCACCCCUGCUGCGAUCUUCAGGAGUCGGACAGGUACCUCGGAAAAGAGCACGCCCUUUACUACCGCAAAUCCGACGAUGUCAUGGCCACAACCUACAGAAAAGUGGCCGACAAAGCGCACAUGCCGGAGGCGUGGGAAGAGAAGUACGAAAGUCUCCUGGACGCCGAUGCAACGCCGUCACUCAAGACCCUGCGGACUCUUCUUGCCGAAGGGGAAAAGAUCCCUUAUGAACUUCCGUCAUUGCCGGUCCUCAAGACAUUUGUCGAGCGCUGCAACCACUGGGUCGAAGAGGCGACCAAUUACACGGUCCGGAAACAGCAGAAUCGACGCAAAAACGAGAGAGUGUGGCAGACAGGGGCACGCAAGUCGGUCGGAAAUGCGCAGCAUGAUCAGAAGGAGCGCGAGAUGCGCAAUGUUGCGAACAUCUACCGACUCCUUGACGAAGCCAACCAGAUCGGGUUUGACAGCCCGGAGAUUCUCCAGCUCCAAGAGCGCGCCGACGCCAUCAAGGCAUUCCAGGAGGAGGCCGGGAGGAUGCUGGAGCAUAGGCAGGCCCGCGCCAUCGGUUCGGUGGAAAAGUUGUUGGAAGAAGGCCAAAGUUUCAAUGUCGACAUUCCGGAGGUUGAGCAGUUGACCCGUCUCCUGGAUCAGCUGCAAUGGAACGAAAAGGCGAGCAGCAGCCGGAACAAGCUGAUGAGUCUGGAUGAUGUCAGAGACCUCAUCGAUGAGGGCAAGCGGCUCAACGUGCCGGUCUACAAUGACCACCUCGCCUUCUAUACGGAACAGCUGACACACGGUCACAUGUGGGAUGCGAAGGUCCAGGAGAUCAUCAACGCUGACUCAAUUAACUACACGCAACUCCAGGCCUUGGCUGAUCAAGUACAAGCCAACGCUUGGCCGGUCUCACCCCAAACCAUGGCCAUCGUGGACCAGAUCCUUCAGAAGCACCGCGACGCUCACGAACAGAUCAUGGACCUGAAUCAGCGUUCACAGCAUUUCGACUACAAGCAAAGGCCAAAGUAUGCCGAGGUUGCCGACGUCAUGAAGAAGAUUGAAGAGCUUCAGGCCAAGCCAAGCGGCACCCACGAGCUUGAGAAGGAGCAAAAACGACAUGAGGACUGGAUGCGCAAGGGGAAGAAGCUCUUUGGCAAGACAAACGCGCCUCUGCACAUCCUCAAGAGCCAUAUGGAAUAUGUGCUGGACCGCAACCUCGAUUGCUUCGACAUAGUCCACGACAAGCCGCGGGUGCCUGCUGAGCCUGCGUCUCGGGAGCCGAGUCCAGAGAAAGACAAGGUCAGUCGCUGGGAGGACCCAAAGUUCCGCGAGGUGUUCUGCAUCUGCCGCCGCACCGAAGCCGGCAUGAUGAUUGAGUGCGAGUUGUGCCACGAGUGGUAUCACGGCAAAUGUCUCAAGAUUGCGCGUGGGAAAGUGAAGGAAGAUGAUAAGUACACCUGCCCAAUCUGCGACUGGCGCGUCAAAAUUCCUCGCGAUGCCGCUCGACCGAAGCUGGAGGACCUCAUCUCCUGGCAGGCAGAAAUUCCCGGCUUGCCAUUCCAACCGGAGGAGGAGGAGGUGCUCAAAAAGAUCAUCGACAACGCGACCGAGUUCCGCAACCAUAUCGCGUCGUACUGCAACCCGAUCCUAUCGACAGCUUCUGAGGCGGAGACACAGCGGUUUUACCUCCGCAAAAUCGAGGGUGCUGAAAUUCUCUUGGCCUACGAAACCAACUUCUUCCGACAGGAACUCCACAAGUGGAGUCCCGUUGCCCCUGAACCGCCGCCGCUACUCGAAGUGUCUAAGAGCACUCGCAAGCCGCGGCCUACCAAACUGCAGAAGUUGUUGGCUCAAUAUGGCGUGGAUGACCCGGAUGACCUUCCUGAAAACGUCAAGGGAAAGGCUAACAGCCUGAAACGCAAGGCCAUGAACGCCGAGGCCGCCGCAGCUGCCGCGAACGCCCCUUCGGGCUCCAUCAUGAUGGUGGACAGCCCCGGAUACGGGCCGCCGCCUCAUUCGUACUUCCCCCGGAACACAUCGGCCCUCCCUACGACGCCGGGCCUCUCCAACGGCACGCAGACUCGCCCUUCAAGCGGAGUUGACGCGGCGUCAUCGCACAGUCAGCACGGCCGGUCUGGGUCCGGUUCCAUGUUGCGUCGUGACUCUAUGGACAUUGACCCGGGUUCCGCACCACCGGGGAUCUUUCUGCGCGACGGGGCCGGACCUGGUCCGCAACUGCUUGUUGCGGGCGAUUCGACGCACGACCUCGAAGAGCGCCUGCUCCGCGGCACGUUUGACGACGACGAGUUGAACGCACAGCUCUCAACAGACCACGGCAAGGCCAGGGUGUUGGAGAUUCUGUCGCGCACCGACACGGGCCGCCGCCGUGCAGAGGAGAUCUUUGGGCCUGAUGUUUGGGGCGAUCGAGACCGUGACCGCCCCAGCGGUGCAAGGGAUGAUGACCCCAUUGGAAUCGGGGUCGGGAAUGAAGGGGAUGGGGACGAAAGCAUGUUUGUGGAUCUGGUAAACGAGGAUGAUGAUGAGGAGGGGGACCACCGAAAGAAAGCGGUUGCCGAACACCAUCACCACCCUUCGAAUGCGGCGGAGAUGUUGGAGGAGGCGCGGAGGGAGGCGGCGCGGAGCGAGGCGGCGUCGUGGAUGGAUGCUCGAAAGGAAUCUUAG